AUGGGCCAGAGCUCCGUGCGCCGGGUCCUGGUCCAUGAGUGCAACAUUAUAAUAGAGUGCAAGGUCUGCUCCAGUCUGUUCCGCUCCACACUCAACUUCCUCUACCACAAGGGAGUCUACUGCAAGAAGUGCUUUGCCGAUGUUAAGACGCUGUUUGGAAGGCCCCCCGCCCAGGCCACGGAGGGGGGGCGGAACCAGCGGAGGAUAGACGCCAUAGCAGACAGGCUCUCGGGUCGCUCUGGAGGUCAAAAUGGCUGCCCCGGGUCGUCAGGGAGGCUACAGAGGGUCAACGCCGCCCGGGACAAGCUCAGCCAGGACUGUUCGGUUGUGCUCAAAGACAUCCGCGGGGUCAAAUUUAACCCUAUACUAAUGACCUCCCCCUGUGUUCCCCCUCUUCCCCAGGUCCCCCAGGGCUCGUCUAACCCCAGUGGUGCCCCGAAGAGAGGAGAAGAGAAGAAGGAAGAGGAGGAGGAAGAGGAGGAGGAGGAGGAAGAAUCAUCAACCCUGCAUCUGAUGUGUAGAUUAUGCAAGGGUCGGUUCUCCACUCACAAGGCAUUUGCAGCCCAUCAGCGGACCCACCACGGCCUUGAGGGGGUCACCUACUCCUGCCCCAUAUGCCAGGUGACCUUCAUUACCAUGUGGGCGACCCUCAAGCACCUGGAGAAAGUCCACAACAAAUCCAAACACCAGAUCGAGCGUUUGAAGCGUGUCGUCAGGAUGAAGAUGCUGAAGAAGAACCCAAACAUAGCAACUACGCAGAAGAGGGAGGAGGAGGAGGAGGAGGAAGAGGAAGGAGGAGGAGGAGGAGGAGGAGGGAGUGGUAGCAAGCGGAUGAGUCUUCCAAGAAGCCCGGCGGUCAACCAGACUCAACCAAACUCCACCGCCACCACCACCACCUCCACCACCACAACCACCACAACCAGAAAAUCCUACAGCUCCAGGUCAUCACAUAAGGGCCAGUGUGGGCGCAGCGGCAAGGGUCGGCACUCGGCGGCACUGUCCUGGAUGUGUACGGUGUGCCACAAGACCUUUAUAUCCCGGCCCACCAGCCUGGCACACAUCGCCACCCACAUCAGUGCCACCGUGGAGGCACGCGCCAUGCCCAUACGAGCCAGUGAGGGCGGCACUAGGGAUAUGGCACUACCUAUGGCACUCGAUGGCACUGAAGACUCAACAGCAGAGGAUGACACCAUGGCACCUGUUGGCACUGAAGAUCUGACAGCAUGGGAUGGCACUAUGGCACUCGAUGGCACUGAAGAUUUGACAGCAUGGGAUGGCACUAUGGCACUUGAUGGCACUGAAGACUUAACAACAAGAGAUGGCACUAUGGCACUUGAUGGCACUGAAGACUCAACAGUAAAGGAUGACACUAUGGCACUUGAUGGCACUGAAGAUUUGACAGCAUGGGAUGACACUAUGGCACUCGAUGGCACUGAAGACACAGAUGCCAUACCAACUCAAGCAACAGAGGAAACACUCCACACACAAGACAUGGCCACAGGAGGUCACACUAUGGCACUCGAGGACACUGGGGGUACAGAUGCCAUGGGUCAGACUAUGGCACUCCCUGGUGAUGGUCAGUGCCACUCCGCCUCAGAAAGCUCGGAAAACAGUGCCACAUUAGACCCUGAGAGUGAGAAUUUCCAUGAGUGCCAAAUUCCGGACCCUCAGAACAGUGCCAAUGUGGAGGAUGUGAGUGCCGAACAGUGCCAUAGUGAGAGUCUGAGUGAGUGUGAUGCAUUGGCACUGCCUGAGGAGAGAGUGCCACUACCUGUGAGUGAAGUUGAAAUUGAACCAGACACAUUUGGCACUCAAUCUGGCACCCUGGAGGAGGAGGAGGAAGACUUGGAAAGGGAUAUGAGUGCCUCUGAACCUGGCACUCCACCAGAUGCAUUGAAGGAGGAGGAGGAGGAAGACUUGGGAAGGGUUGUGAGUGCCUCUGAACCUGGCACUCCACCAGAUGCAUUGAAGGAGGAGGAAGAGGAAGACUUGGGAAGGGAUAUUAGUGCCUCUGAACCUGGCACUCCACCUGGCACUCAAGCAGACACAUUUAAGGAAGAGGAAGACUUGGGAACAGUUCUGAGUGGGUCUGAGACUGGCACCCCACCUGGCACUCCUACAAGCACCCAAGAAUACAUUUUACAAGACACUCGAAAAGUCGCCAACCCCUCUCAACAUGGCACUCAAUCUGGCACUGUCAAGGAAGAAGAGGAGUGUAUCACCCAAGAUCUAAGCCUUGGCACUCCCAACUUGGCACCCAUCAACCACAGUGCCACACAAGUUUCCCAAGAGGUGGAGUCAUGCACAUACCCACUUGUCGGCACUCUGUUAUCCACCCCAGAGAAGCAGUGUGUCAAGAGCGAACCUGGCACUCCAUCUGGCACUCUCUUCAGCUCUCCAGAAAGUGUGAGUGUCAAAUUAGAACCAUUAUGCGAGGAUGUUGAAUUUGGCCCUGUCCCUCAGAGUGCCAGGAUGCUAGAUGGCACUGCUAUGGAAAUUGAAUCCCCUAUCAUGGACCUCCCUGGCACUGUAACCAUGAAUUCACAAGUGCCGGAAACAGUGCCAGUGGUCAGUGCCUCCUCCAGCAGCUCCAUGGCACUGGUUGGCACUCAAACACACACUACUGGCACUCUGAAACUCCCUCAUCUGAGACGGUUGGUGCCAAGAACAGUGCCAAUGACCAGUGCCACUUCCAGCUUGGCACUCACGCACAAACCCUUAGGAAUGGCACUGAAAUCCAGGGUUCCAGUAGCGGCAGAUGAAAACAGUGCCGUGGAGGGUAGUGCCAACAUCCCCAUCUCACUACCCUUGGGCACAGUGCCACAGAACAGAACAGUGAAUGAGUGCCCAGUGAAUGCCAAUGAAAAUAUGCCUUGUUGCUCAAAAGAUGCCAGUGCCAAUCCGUGUAGAAGCAGUGCCAGGUUUGAGGGUGCCAUAGGUAAGCUUAGCACCCUGGAGGACAGUGCCGGGAGUGCCAAUACGACUCAACAUGGCACUGAAAAUGAAAGAGUUUGUGAGGGGUACGAUUCUGAUGUUUAUGCGAAACCCACAUCAGACACCAGGUUACAGGGUGCCAAGCGGAAAUCUGGCACUCUGGACCUCACGCUUAGUAACCCAAGGAGUGCCAAGUAUAUCGCGGUGACCCCCAGCACCUCCCGGGCAGUGCCAGCUGCGAUAUCGGUGCCAGAAAUGCUAAUGAUCCCAGACAUCAACACCAUCACAGCCCCGUACUCGGACCUACAAGUUACGCUGUCUGUCCCUGUAACACACACACGAACACACACACAGGAUGCUGGGGUACUCGAACUGUCCCUUAAGACCCUGAAGGAGCAGCUUGCGGCACCCAUCAGCCCAGAGAGUGCCAUGGGUCCCGACACAGUGCCAUCGGAAAACUCACUCUCUGAAAACGAAAUCUUGGACGCGAACGGCACAGUGCCACAUACGACCGUCGCUGGGGAGGUCGACAGCACCCAUGAUCUUGUGACUUGGAGUGCCCCCGAGGAGGUCACAGCUGUAGGGUCACCAGGGAUCGAUGAGAUGUGGCCGGCGGCACCUCCGACAAGUGACCUCGGAAAUCGCGGCACUCGUGAACUUGGAUUCUUCGACAUUGACUGGAGCGAUGACCCUUGGGACAGUGCCACGUGCCUUGACCCUAACCACAUGACCUCUACCAGUGCCGACGUGACCUAUGGCACUGCCCGGGUGACUGGCACUGACCAAAACUCCGAUAGAACCCACAGUGCCAAUUUCCCUUCCACAUCUGGCACUGUUCUGAUGCCAAGGAGUGCCAGAGGGGGGGAGGGCAAGGUCAGUGGGGUCAGUGCCAGUAUGGGGAGCACUGCCAAAAAAAAAAAGCUUGGCACUGCUGAAAGACAUAGUGCGAUUUUGACCAGUGCCAGAAGUGACCCUCAUUUGGCACUCCGAGAAUCACCCUACAGUGCCAUAGGGAGUGCCGGUCAAAGUCAUGUGGCACUGCAGGAGGCAAAGGUCAACAGUGCCGGUCUGAGUGCCAGGGUCAGAGAAGAGGAGGAGGAGGAGGAGGAGGAGAAAAAUAAUGACAGGCAUACGACACCGGCUCCUCGGCGCCCCCAGAGCAUCGCUGCGGGAAGUGCGAACGCCGUUUCAUGACCCCACAGGCCUUGAUUUCGCACGAGAAGUUCUGUUCGCUCCAGCAGAUGAGGCCCCCGACCGCUGCCCUGUUGCCCAAGUCCCCGCUCAGUCCGAGGCUCCGCUCCGAGACCCCAGAGAAGCCCAUUUCCAUCCAGAUACGCAAGGACUACAAGAAGAUGGUCUGCGAGGAGGGUACCGAUAGCGCUGAUGGUACCAUUAUGAGUGAUUCUACAGCUUCGAAGAAUGAUGGUACCGAUAGCGUUCCUGGUACCAAUAUCACGAUUCAUGGUACCAAUAGCGUUUCUGGUACCGCUAAGGAUGGUACCAGUAUCAUUCAGGGUACCAAAACGACAAUCCACGGCACCGAUAGCCUAUCCAGUAACGCUAAGGAAGGCACCGACAGCAUUACCGGUACCUCUACGGAUGGAACCACUACGGAUCGGCGCCUGACCAUCCCCAGUAACGGUACCAUCGCAAACCAGCUAGACGCCCUCAUGUCAAAACUCUGCCAAAUGUCGACCCUCUCCUGCAUCCCUUGUGGGCGCCGGUACCAGACGAUAACUACCCUUAAGCGCCACAUCUCGGUACACUUGAACUGGACCCGGUACGCUUGUUGCCGGUGCGAUUUCAGGAGCUAUAACCGUUACGAAAUGACGCACCACGCAAGCAGCCAGCAUGGGGUACCGGAGGCCUCAGCGGGUGAGAUACUGGUCGAGGAUGUUGCCUUCGGACCUGUGAGAUAUUCCUUGAAAGAAGAAGAGGAGGAGGAGGAGGAGGAGGAGGAGAAGAAGGAGGAGGAGGAGGAGGUGAAGGAGAAUGGGGUAGAAAAGGAGGAGGAGGAGGAGAGAGAACAGACACACACACGUACAUACGCACACACCACACCAUCCCACAGUGCCACAGGUCCCCCCACAGUGCCAGAGUGCCGAAGCAACCCAAAUCUCAGUACGACAACACCACAGUCAACCGAAAACAAAAUUCCGCCGUCAACCGAAGAUUCAGACAACCAGGAACCGGGUGGCGGACACUCGACGUCACAGCCCGGUAGAUCAACCAAGGCCGAGACAACCAGACCCGCUGAAUCAACCGAAACCACCAUAUGCAACCUUGAUAUGGAGGAGAGAGAGGUUGAAGCUUCCCCCGCAACCGAAAGUCGACGCAAAUCACCCAACUGUAAGGAGGAUGAGUCAACCGAAGCCUCAAACACCACUGGAAUGUCAACCAGAAAGCCUGACUCAACCGAAACUACAACCGUUACAAGUUUAGCCUCCGGUGGAGAGUCGGAAAUCGCAACCGAAUUUUCUCCAAGGCGGAAGAGGAGUCGUGAAAGGGUUGACUCGCCGAGGGAGAGUCCUAACACUCAACCGACCACCAAAAGACAUAAGGAGGCUCGAGACUCAACCACUGACAGCCCGAAACGUCAACUGAAAGUCGCGCCGUCAACCGAAACCAACCGAAGGGAGACUGAAAGGGACAUUACAAGGCCUAAUCUCCCGGAAGAUUCGUCAACCGCAACCAAAAAUAUCGAAAGUCAACCAAAAUCUUCAACCAGAAAGGACAUUACAGAGCUACAUGCCUCAACCGAAACCAGACCCACCGAAAAGCCUAAAAAAACAGCCGAUACGAAAGGGGGUACGCCGGAACGUUCAACCGAAAAUUCAACCACGCAGAAAUCACCCACCGAAAGCAGGAUAUCGAGGCGGAGCGCAGCCGAGAUCUUGUCAACCGAAAACCCGAAGCCCCAGGAGACCAUUACGAGGCGGACAUCCACACGGGCGUCUUCGGUUGACAGCACGAAAGGGGUUGACAAAAUUACUAGGCGGAGUACGUCGCGAGAAUCACCCAUCGCAACCGCACCCUCUACCGCAGCAACCGAGGGCAACCGGACACCGAGACAGCACGAACCGGCAACCGAAAGCCCAACCGAGACCUCACCACAGCGACAGUCAACCCGAGACAGCCCAAAACAACCGAAAUUGACCUUGGAAAGUGUUGUUACUCGGAGAAGUCUUUCGGAAAACGCAUCUUGCGAAAGUUCACGGAAAAGGUCAAAUACAGAAAGGUCAAGCAGUGAACCGCGGCCGCCACAUGACCGCCCUGGUUCGGCCGACACCGCCAGAGGUCACCGAGGUCAGGGAGCCGCCGAGGUCAAGCUGCCGGACCCGAAAAAGAAGAAAAGGAGAAAAUUUGACCUUGACCGAAGCGGAACCCCACAUGAUUCUUGCAAUGGAACGGAUGAUUCGGUGGAGGUCUCGGCGGAUGGCGGCUUGGCGGAUGGUCGGAAGGGGGAGCCGCCACCCGCUGCCGCGUCGAUGGUGGAGGAAACGGAGGUGGAGGAGAGUGGAGUGAAAGGAGAGAGAGAGAGGAGUGGAAGGUAGCAUUUUAGAGUGGAAGGAAGGACGGGAGAGAGAGAGAGAGAGAGAGAGAGAGAGAGAGAGAGAGAGAGAGAGAGAGAGAGAGAAGGAAGGAGAUAAAUAAAUAAAGAAAUAGAAAGGAAAUGACAGUGAGGAAGCGAAGGCAACCGUCCAGCCGCCAAGUCCGCCGCUCCCCCUCCGUGUCGGCCCCACCACUGAGGUCAUCACCAGAGCCCUGCCUGCCAGCUGUGCACACCGGGGAACUCCUGCAGCACACACUCAUGGUGGCAACUCAGGCCAGCGUGGGGAGCUGUGCCGUCUGCUACACCAACGGCCCAGUCCACCCAGAGCAUCGCCCAGCCACAUAGGCCUACACGGGAGUGAGGCGGCGGACACGGCAGCCUGUGCAACCACCAGAAUGCUGCUCCACCUACGGCUUGGCUCCCGCACGCUACAGAUGAGAAAUGACUCGUGGAGGUGGUGUGCGGAUGGCUCCUCUCUGUACGGGGCGGAGCGCGUGGUGUGACCCGAGAAGGAAGGAGAGAUAUUGAUGAGGAAAGGAAGGAAGGGAAGGAAGAGAGGAAGAAGAAGGAAUUGGAUAAAGAAAGAAAGAUGGAAGGAAAGGAAGGGAAAGGAAGGGAAGGGAAGGAAGAGAGGAAGAAGAAGGAAUUGGAUAAAGAAAGAAAGAUGGAAGGAAGGGAAGGAAAGGAAGGGAAGGGAAGGAAGAGAGGAAGAAGAAGGAAUUGGAUAAAGAAAGAAAGAUGGAAGGAAAGGAAGGAAGGGAAGGAAGAGAGGAAGAAGAAGGAAUUGGAUAAAGAAAGAUGGAAGGAAAGGAAGGGAAAGGAAGGAAGAGAGGAAGAAGAAGGAAUUGGAUAAAGAAAGAAAGAUGGAAGGAAAGGAAGGGAAGGGAAGGAAGAGAGGAAGAAGAAGGAAUUGGAUAAAGAAAGAAAGAUGGAAGGAAAGGAAGGGAAGGGAAGGAAGAGAGGAAGAAGAAGGAAUUGGAUAAAGAAAGAAAGAUGGAAGGAAAGGAAGGGAAGGGAAGGAAGAGAGGAAGAAGAAGGAAUUGGAUAAAGAAAGAUGGAAGGAAAGGAAGGGAAGGGAAGGAAGAGAGGAAGAAGAAGGAAUUGGAUAAAGAAAGAUGGAAGGAAAGGAAGGGAAGGGAAGGAAGAGAGGAAGAAGAAGGAAUUGGAUAAAGAAAGAAAGAUGGAAGGAAAGGAAGGGAAAGGAAGGGAAGGAAGAGAAGGGAAAGGAAAGGAAAGGAAAGGAAGGGAAGGGAAGGGAAGAUAGAGAAGGGAAAGGAAAGGAAGGGAAAGAAUUAGACAAAACCGCGUCCCAAAGUGAAACAAAACACCCACAAACGGAUACAAAGCCAGCGAGUGUUCCAGAACUCUUGCAUUUAGAACCAGGACAAACAAACGGAGGAAAUACAAUCUUACCAGCUGUUUUAUAAUGACAUUUAACUUGUGUGUGUGUGUGUGUGUGUGUGUGUGUGAUUUAAGCAACCAUUCAAACACACAAACAGGAAGGAAUUAUUACAAGUUGACAAGAUGUUUUAUAAUGUGUGUGUGUGUGUGUGUGUGUGUGUGUGUGUGUGUGUGUGUGUGUGUGUUAAAGCAAUCACACAGACAAACACACAAACAGGAAGGAAUUCUUGCAAGGUUAUGAGCUGUUUUAUAAUGACGUUUAACUUGUGUGUGUGCGUGUGUAUAUGUGUGUGUGUGUGUGUGUUUAAAGCAACCACUCACACACACAUACACUAGGAGGAAGUAUUAUAAGCUUACAAGUGUGUUCUAAAAAGCCGUUUGACUCUGCCGUUUAGAUCGAGACAAACAGGAAUGAAAUACAAGCUUACAAGUGUGUUUUAAAAAGCCGUUUGACUCUGCUGUUUAGAAUCGAGACAAACAGGAAUGAAAUACAAGCUUACAAGUGUGUUUUAAAAAGCCGUUUGACUCUGCUGUUUAGAUCGAGACAAACAGGAAGGAAAAACAAACUUACGAGUGUGAUUUAAAAAGCCGUUUGACUCUGCCGUUUAGAAUCGAGACAAACAGGAAAGAAAUACAAGGUUACGAGUGUGUUUUAAAAAGCCGUUUGACUCUGCCGUUUAGAUUGAGACACACAGGAAAGAAAUACAAGCUUACAAGUGUGUUUUAAAAAGCCGUUUGACUCAGCCGUUUAGAAUUGAGACAAACAGGAAGGAAAAACAAGCAAUCGAGUGUUUUUUUAUAUGGAAGAAGAGGAGGAGGAGGAGGAGGAAGACUCAGAAACAAAAGUGGUCUAACAAACACACACACACACAAACAGGAAUGAAGUGUGAAUAUGUGCGUAUGUGUGUGUGUGUGUGUGUGUGUGUGUGUGUGUGUGUGUGU